AUGUCACACUGCAGACGAAAUACCAAACUAAAUGCGGCUAAACGGAUAGAAGAGCUCCAGAUUGAGUUAGAGUUUGCCUUGGUAAAUCCUAACUCAAACUACAACAACAUCGCUGAGAUACAAAACGAUCUCUCACAGGCAUACAGAGAUGAAGAAACAUAUUGGAAGCAAAAGAGCAGGAACACUUGGUUAGAGGAAGGAGAUCGCAACACAAAGUUUUUUCAAGCAUGCACAAAAUCGAGAUUCUCAAGGAACAGAAUUAUGUCAAUCAAGGACAACAAUGGAAACCUCUACAAAGGCGACAUUGAAGUGGGACAUCGUGCAGAGGAGUUUUUUAAAGGCGUUUACACAUCACAACAACAAACUAGUCAACAUAACAUAUUUGCUGACUUCAUCCCGACAGUGAAUGCAGAGAUGAAUGAACGACUGAUAGGAGAGGUCUCAGAUGCUGAAAUCAAAGAAGCCCUCCUUUCCAUUGGUGCAGAUAGAGCUCCAGGACCAGAUGGACUUACAGCACGUUUUUUCCAGAGUUGCUGGGACACAGUUGGAACUGAUGUCACAAAUGAAUUGGAUUAUGGCAACGGUGACAACGGUGGAAUACUCUGUCCUCUUCAAUGGCAACCCACAAGGACGUAUUAA